CUGUCAGAAGGAGUCCAACCCCUCCUGCUGUAAAUGCUUUCUCGUUUUGCUUCCCAGUGUACUUUCAGUUUGGAUAAAUUAUUUUGGUGUUAUAUUUCCUCAUCAUCUUCGUACUUGAAACAACUCCAUGCAUGUCAUAAAAUAAAAAGGAAAGAACAAGUGAAUCACAGUUUGUGAUCAUCACGUGUAGAGCAUUUAUUGACAAAACUGACUAAAGGCUGAUAAGACAUAACUGCUACAGACUCAGGAUCAGCCCAAGGAAUGAAUGAAUUUGGUACCCUGAUGACAGCAAAAACAAAAUAGAACAUCUGUGAUAACAAAUGUCACUCUGGCAGACGUCACAUCAUGGAGCCUACUCCAAUCAGUAGCAGCCUCGACUCCCGUCCUUCUCUUCGAGACAUUCAUUCUAUCAAUGCACAACAUCUUCUAUCCAGACCUGAGUCUUAUGAAGGCAGGGAGAGACAGUGCAUAUCAGAUGUCAGAAGGACUUUCUGCUUGUUUGUGACAUUUGACCUUUUAUUUGUAUCCCUUUUGUGGAUAAUUGAACUGAAUGUGAAUGGAGGCAUUAUGAACCAAAUAGUGAAGGAAGUGGUCCAGAUUGACUACUAUUCUACUUUCUUUGAUAUAUUUUUGCUGGCAGCUUUCCGAUUUAUUGUAUUAAUAUUAGUUUAUGCACUGUUGAAAGUGCGUCAUUGGUGGGCAGUAGCGGUCACAACUGCUGUUUCUAGUAUCUAUUUAGUAGUAAAAGUCAGCCUUUCUAAGAUUACCAGCCAGGUACCUUUUGGGUACCUGUUGCCUAUUAUGUCAUUUAUCCUUGCCUGGAUAGAAACAUGGUUUUUGGAUUUCAAGGUGUUGCCUCAGGAACUUGAAGAAAACCGUUACCGUCUGGUGCAGGAUGCCUCAGAACGAGAUGUUCUCAUUAGGCCAGGGCCUAACUCAGAUGGACUUUUUUACUCACCUCCUGAAUCUGUAAUAGACUCUGAUGAGGAAACAGAAGAAAAACAUGAUGAAGAAAAACCUUUAAAAUAAAUGCUGUGAAUUGUGAACACACUGCUUACCUUCCAACUGUUACAGCAUGUUGGCAACUAAUGUUACCUAAGAUGAAAAUGAAGGAAAAUGGUGCAUCCGGCAAUGAAAGGAAUUUUAGCAGAACUGCACCAUUUUACAGACUGAAACAAGGGGGUGGAGAUUUACUGUCUACAGCUUUGAGCUGUUUGAAAUUUGUUUAUGAUUUCCUGCAAAGGGCCUAUAUUAUAAAGAUGUUUGUACAGUUUUUAUUUCUUUGAAAACACAAUUUUUCUGAAUGUAUAAUAUUAAAAACCAAUCUCUUUUAAGCAGACUUUUUUAUGGUAUUUGUCAGCUUUGACAAGUUGUUUCUUCCUGCAUUUGUUUUGUUCGUGUAAUGUAUGUCCAUACACAAUAUUACACAAAAAUCACUUUGUUAAGCUCAGUUUAAAAAGAUAUGCUACAACAUCUAAUAAAAAAUCAUGGACAUUAACUUU